UCUAGGAAGUUAACAUAAUGCAUGCGAGCGUAAAACUAAUGAGUGUAAAUGUUUAUUGUUGUUUCUGUUAUUUAAUGUAAGGAAAGAUUAAAGAAAAGAUCAAUUAGAAGUAUGGAAAUUAUUAAAUGAGAAAAAGAAAAUAUGAGAGGAUAAGUAAGACAGGUAAAGAAAGAAUGAAGAGAGAUGUGUUUUUGUUGGUAGUGGGAGUACUAGUAUAUGACUAUAUACUUUUAAUUUAACAGAAAAUUGCUUUGUUAAAUUGUUGAUUACUGAGUUCUUUCAUAAACAAGUAUACGCAAGAAGUAUCAUAAUGAAAAACAUGCAGGACAAAGCACCGUCUUACAGUUCAUAAAAUUUUUCGUAAUUACAUAUCAGAAAAUGAAAAAAUCGAAUAAAUACUUGUUCCAUUCCAUGGAAUAUUCAAGAACUUUCUUUCUAGAUAUUUGUAGAAUAGAAUUUUCCGAAGCUUCCAAGAUCACAAAUAUAAAAAGGCGCCCUUCAUGGCAGGUAGUUAGUCGGUUGUUGCACACGAGCCUGAACAGGUCUUCCAGUGAAAUUUUGAGUUGUCUCUUGAAAAUGUUUCGUAAAAGAUACCGGAGCCAAAGAGAGAUUGAAGAGAUUAUGGGGCACGCCGAUCAUGAAAUCGGAAAUCGCAUCCUCCAUGCAGAUAUGGUCGACUUAGUGGUCUUGCCUCCGGAAACUACAGAUGCAGUAAGUGACACGGAAAAUAUCGAUGAAGAGGAGCAAAUACUCAACGAUGGAAGUGCGUUUUUGCCUCACGAAGUAGCUGGGAAUAUUGAACUAUGUUGCGCGUACAAUGAAGACAAUCCGAAUACGUCAGCCGAUUGCAACGAGACCGAGGAACAUUCUACUGAAUUUGAAUCUAGUUCAAGUUCGCGUGUGACAUCCAAACGUAGCAGAAAGCAAGUCCAUCUGUUCGAACCAAAAUGGACUAAAGCAAAAAAAAUUAAAUACUCUCGCGAGCUUCCGGUGAACAAGGAAAUUGACAAAAUGGAAAAACUUUACAGCAAAUAUGGAGGGUACUCACCAAUUCAACUUUUCAACUUGUUUAUCGAUGAUGAAAUAAUCAAAUAUUUGGUUCGAUGUACGAUGAACUACGCGAAAGUCGAUCACAACGACUUGAAAUUUGUAAUGGAUGAUGAGGAAAUGCGCCGGUUCAUUGGAAUUUUGUUCGUGACUGGCUACAAUACACGACCGCGCAUCGAUAAUUAUUGGUCGUCCCAACCUACACUGGAGUGCAAAAUAAUCCGUGACGCAAUGGCUCGUAAUCGUUUCAAACUAAUAAAGAAGUAUUUCCAUGUGUGCGAUAAUCAUACAAUCGAUGCCAGUGAUAAGUUCGCCAAAGUGACCCCGUGGAACAUUCGUUUGAAUAAGAAGUUUAUGCAGUUUGGCGUAUUCUCGCACAAUCUGUCUAUCGAUGAGCAGAUGAUUGCUUACUACGGCCGUCAUUCUUGCAAAAUGUUUAUAAAAGGAAAACCCAUUCGAUUUGGUUUCAAAUACUGGGAUUUAUGUUCGUCUGAUGGCUAUUUGUAUUCGUUCAUUCCGUACAGCGGUGCAAAUGAGAAUCGAGAACCCGAAUACAAAAACUGCGGCUUAGGUGAAAUGGUCGUACUAAAGUUUUUGAAACAACUUGACAAUCCACGUGAACAUAGUGUUGCGUUUGACAAUUUCUUCACUUCUCAUAAAUUGAUAAGUCACCUCACCUCUUUGGGAUAUUAUGCUACCGGAACUAUUCGUGACAAUCGUACGAAUAAAGCGAAACUUACUGACGUCUCGUCGUCUAAGAAGAAAGAACGCGGUUGGUUAGAUUACACAUUUGAUCGAAACAAUAAUGUGCUGAUAGCCCGAUGGAACGACAAUUCUGUUGUGACCAUUGCAUCAAAUCAUGAGACAAUUGAACCACUGCAUCGUGUGAAGCGAUGGAAAGGCGGCAAGAAAUAUUAUGUUGAUAUGCCACACAUCGUGCGAGCAUACAAUAAUCGAAUGGGUGGUGUUGAUCUCUUCGAUAAUGCCAUGAACAAUUAUCGAAUUCGCGUUCGAGGAAAAAAGUGGUAUUGGCCACUGAUAACAAAUGGAUUUGAUGCUGCAAUGGUGAACGCUUGGAAAAUUCAUUGUGCUCUCGUCAAAUAUGAAAAGGGAAUGUCACGUACCACCGAAAGAUGUAUUGUUCAGAAAAUAGAAUUAUUGGAUCAAUUACAGUUCCGUAUUUACGUUGCAGAAUCUUUGCUUCGAAUGGCAAUACCGUCGAUGUCGUCUUCGGAGACGUUGAUUCCACAGUCAACAGCUGUUCGAAAAUCCAAAGACGCCGCUCUGGAGAGUUUUCGUAAAGACAAAGUUGGGCAUGGCAUUAACAAAUUAGAGAAACCUCGUCGUUGUCAAAAUUGUCACAAACAUUCGUCAUAUAAAUGCACAAAAUGCGAUAUACCUCUACAUGUUUUGUGCUUCAAUCAAUUCCAUGAAAUAUAAAGAUAAGAUAUUGAACUUUCAAGAAAAGUUUUUCAGAACUUACUUAUGACGUGUAUCUUUCUUUUAUUUAAAAAAAAUGUAAUGUGAAAUUGAAAAAAUGAACAAAAUAAACGUUUUGAAUGAUAAAGCACUGUUUCACUUUAGUAAGUAUCGUUUUCGGCCGAUGGUCGAUUUUUCGACCACAUUCCCGUGGCUAAACGGCUUAUUGUAAAAAUCUCAAAAAAUCUAAACCAUUGAGUUUUUUUUAUACUAAACAAAAUAUAAAGUUUCGUUGAAAUCAAAGCAGUGGAUCUAAGUGCGGCCGGAAAUGGGUU